AUGAGACAGCUUGGCUCAGCGCUAAGCAAUUUACCAAAGAUGAAAGUGGCUCUUGUUGUAAUCCCUCGGAAGAGACCAAUUCUUUCGAAGAAAGCCCUCAUAGUUUGGGUAUAUCGAGCAAGUACAUAUUGCAUCAUAUCUUUGCUGUAA